ACCCUUUUUACAUCUACUUUCCCUUUUGUCUCUUCUAUCUUACAGCCGCAAAUCACCCAUGGCUCCCAAACGACGCUCCACCGCCACCGCUGACAGCCGGCGAGUUCGUACCUUUACCGGUCGCAACCCGCCAACACCCGCCACCGCCACCACUUCUCCAUCGUCGACGUCCGCCACCGUCCGCGUGCCAGCUCCACUCGAUUCCAUUGCCGCCGCUCCUUCUCCGCCGUCUCGCGUCGUGCAAUCUGCCUUGAAUAAAAUACACGCGCCCAUCGCGGACACCAACCCACGUGCCAAGCCACUACCUCGCGCUAGUCCACAACCCUCAGCCACCACCAACGGUGAACCACUUUCUGACUUGCAUGACUCCACUUCCACCUCUUCAGCAGACCAGUCUCCUACCGAUAAUCCGGCUGUGGUAAAUACUUCUGUUGCUGGUACCCGGACACGACUUGGGAGGGGCAGACAUCACUUACCUCCGGCUCCAUCACGAUUGAACGGUAAUCUUCAAUUUACAAAUGCAAACGAAAGAGCCAGGUAUGCCUUCGUUUCGACUCUCCCUAUUGUACAAGGUCCCAUCAUCCCACCAUCCCACGAUCUGAUCGAGUCUUCAAAAAAGGAAGUGCUUUACGUACAGCUCCUGUUGCCUCAACCAUGGCUAAUCCUCCAUUUGGCGCUCCACAAGCUUUUCAGGCCCUCAACACCAGAAUUGAUCAGAUGGAGAGUCGAUUCGAAAAAAUCUUGGAGCGUGUUGCCACUCAUCUAGCACGUUUAGCAAACAACAUCAACGACAUGCGGGUUACAAUUCGAUCUCAACACCGACAGUAGCAGUAGGCGUCCUGAUAUCUCUCCGGGUCAUAUUCUAAACUCUCUCUUUAUUUAAUUAUUUAUUUAUUUUUGUUGUGACCCAGGUGUGGGGGAUUAGCUGCAUUUAUAUCUGCUUUGGUUGUCUUAUUCUUUUAUCACAUUGAGGACAUUGUGAUCCAAGUGUGGGGGAGAGUUUGUCCACUUGUUUUAGUUUUAAUUGAUCUUUUUGUUUUAUUUGAUUUGUUUAUCAACUUAAAAAAUAAAAAAAAUAAAAUAAAAUAAAAUAAAAAGUUGACUUUCAGAGUUAAAUUGAAUUAUUUUAGGUAGCUGGCAUAAAUAUCAUUCUCUUAUCUUUUUAUGCAGAUCAUUGAGAGAUUCUAGCAUUUUCUUUAUGGUUUGAAAUGUGCAAACUUAUGUUUAAGUGAAUGAAUAUUGCUUGAUAAAAGACCAAUAGUGCAUUCUGAAAUUCUACUUUAACCUACUGCAGUGAGUCUUGAUACUACUAUCUAGGGAACUAAGGUUAAAAAAAAAAAAAAUUAAUUAAUUUCUUUUUGAGUGGUUUACCAACAUUAACUUGUUCAAAUGGUAUGGCAUUUGAUUCCCUUAAGCAAGGGAUGUCUCUUGUGGAUGGAAAAAGUUAGUGGUUGGGAGAAUUAUACCCCGUAGGGGCCGUCAAUAAUUCGAAACAUACCACUAAUAAUAUGGUUUACCAUCACUGGUUGGUUUGGGUGGGUCGGACCCAUUCCCCUUAAGUAAGGGAUGUCCCUUGUGAAUGGAGCAAAUCAAUGUUGGGAGAGUAUACCCUCGUAGGAGCCGAAAACAAUCUCGAACAAAAACCAUAGGAAGAAAAAAAUAAUAAAAAUAAAAAUGAUAACAUAAAUAAAAACUGGAUUCCUGGUUCCCUGGUGAAAAAUUAUAAUUUUAAAAGACUUUCUUGGUUGGUUGGGUAUAUGUUUCUUUAUGCACUAAUUUAAGAAUUUCAUAGAACUUAAUUGCAUGAUCACAUAUUGAGUUUGCUACAUUUCAGCUUUUGAAGAUUGUGUUGGUAUUUCUUUUAUGAUUUGUAUACAUUGAUGAGAUUUUGCUAUGAAAUGCAGGUUGUUUGAAAUAAGUUGAGUUAACUUUGUGAGCCAUUUGAUUAUGGGUAACUUUUGUGGGUUAAUGAGUACAUACUUGAGGGCAAGUCUGAUCUAAGUGUGGGGGAUUUGAUAAUAUGCAUAAUUAUACAGCUUUAAUAUUACAAAUUAUCUAGACAUUGAGUUUGAUUUCAUUUAAAACAGAUUGAUUUGUUUAAAUUUCGUUAUCUUGGUAGGAUUGGAGGAUAACAGGAAAAAUCCAAUUGGGAACCCACAUUCUGAGAUAAAAGGUGGCCACAAUCAAAUUCAUAAAAGAAUACUCUAGAUAAGCUGUGUUAUGGACUGCGUUAUGGGCACAAGCAUACUUGACAAACAAAGCCGACUUGAAAUCCGGGAACCACCAAACAGAUAAUUCUUAUCUGUCAAACUGUACUCAAUUUUGAUUUUAGAUCCUUAUAUUGGGUUAGGACUCUUAGCACUAUAAAAAGGGGGGCAUUCUGAUGUAUCGAUCAUCUCAUCUUACCUUUCAUCUCUUAUUUUUUAGCCAUGAACUUGUGUGGCUAAAUUUCUCCUUUCAGUUAGAGGAUAAUUAAAAGUUCCAGUUAAACGGGUUGUGAGAUUGAUGUAAUUUUAUAGUUUCUUCAAUUAUUAGUAUUUAUAUUAUUCCUAUGUUUAUUGCUUAA